CUACGGUCAUACUGCUAACCAAACGUAAACAAAUUUAUUUUAUUUUAUUUUCAAUUACAAAACUAAAAUAUAAAUUUAAGAUAUAAACAUGAGUGAUGAAGAAGAAACCAAACCUGAGGAAACCCCCAAGGUUUUCUUUAAAAAAUCAGGACGCAAAAACCUAAGGCAACGCAAGAAUUCAGAUGAUGAAGAUCCGGAGGAACAACUGACCCUAGAUGAGAUUAAGGAGAGGCAGCGCCUGAGACAGCGACCUAAUGGCGUCAGCUUAGUAGGUCUAGCACUGGGCAAGAAGGUAGCCCCCGAGGAGGAGCUGGCCAUCAAGGAUCCCUUUAAUGUGAAGACUGGUGGUCUGGUCAAUAUGCAGCAGUUGAAAUCUGGAAAGAUGAAGGAGGCGGACGACGCCUACGACGUGGGAAUUGGCACCCAAUUCUCGGCAGAGACAAACAAGCGUGAUGAGGACGAGGAAAUGAUGAAGUACAUCGAACAGGAGCUGCAAAAACGCAAAGGAGGCGGCACAGAAGGAACGGCAGAGGACGAUGGUGAUGUGAACAAAUACCUCACGCCUGAGGAUGCCGCCUUGUACGCCCUUCCCGACCAUCUUAGGCAGUCGUCCUCCCACAGAUCCGAGGAGAUGUUGUCCAACCAAAUGCUGAAUGGAAUCCCAGAAGUUGAUCUUGGCAUUGUGGCCAAGAUCCGCAACAUAGAGGCCACCGAGGAUGCCAAGCAGAAGCUUCUGCAGGAUGCUAAGAAUAAAAAGGACGGUCCCUCCCAGUUUGUGCCCACUAAUAUGGCGGUCAACUUUAUGCAGCACAAUCGAUUCAACAUCGAGGAUAACAGCGACCAAAGGAGACGCAAACGGGAGGAGAGAGACGGUAACAAGUCUGCCCAGCAUCAAACUAAUCCCAAUGGAGUCAAACGAGCCACAGAUGACUACCAUUACGACAAAUUUAGGAAGCAGUUUCGCAGAUAUUAAAAAUGCCAACAAUAAAAACUACAAAUGUUUCAAUAUAAGUUGAA